AUGACACUGCCAGAAGAGGGCGACGACGCAGCUUUGCAUGCCUAUUUGGAAGAGCGCAUUGCGGCUAUUCAUCGUGAUCCCCAAUUUCCGUUGCCGCCAGAUGCUUACAUGAACUUCUACUCAGCUGUGUGGAGGCUCAUGUACCAUGACCCAAACGCAGACGGGCGUAAUCGCUCAGCGCAUCUAAUGCCCGGUGCUGCCAUCGCGUACAAGAACUUGGCCGCGUUUCUCGCUGAACAUCUCCAGACCGUGGUCCAGCGACUCCAAUCCGUGGAAAGUAGUCUCUUGUUGGAGGCUUACGUUACAGAAUGGGACCGAUAUGCUACAGCGACCAAUCGUCUCGACCGUUUGCUGGAACUCAUCAACCGACACUACGUGCUACGACAUAUCGACGAGGGCAAGGACGGCAUCUACAAGAUCCGCACACUUCACUUUGUUCAAUGGCGGGCGCACGUCUGGGACAAAAUAUCCGGGUCCGUUAUCGAUGCCGCGCAACGUACGAUCGAGAGAGGAGAUGAGAAAGCAGCCGAUCUCAACAAUAUCUUGGAGCGCUUUGCGUCACUCCGAGUCGACGAUUCUCGUUCCUUCGACAGCGAUUCGAGGGGCAGUAUUCGCAACAAGCUCGAGGCGGCGUUUGUUCCUGAGAUUGAGGCUCACGAUCGAAAGAUUCGACAGCACAGGGCUGCUGAAAGUGGCUUUGGAGUGGGACAAACUGACGUGGAGGGGUAG